ACCCUUCCCACACCGCGACACCCCGCUACCAUCCUGCACCUACAGCCAUGUCCGGACUCGAAAAUGCCCUCUUCAACCUCAAGUUUACCGCCAAGUCGCUGAACCGCCAGGCCCUCAAGGCCGGCAAGGAGGAGCAGGCGGAGAAGACGAAGCUGGAAAAGGCCAUGAAGCAGGGCCACAACGACAUCGCCCGCAUCUACGCUGGAAACGCCAUCCGCAAACAAAACGAGAAGCUCAACCUCCUGCAACUCGCCUCGCGCGUCGACGCCGUCGCUGGCCGCGUUCAGACAGCAGUCACGAUGCGCCAAAUCACGGGCAACAUGAUGAAGGUCAACCGGAGUCUAGACGUGGCCAUGAAGUCGAUGAGUCCCGAACGGAUUGCCGCCGUCAUGGUGGAUUUCGAGAAACAAUUCGAAAACGUAGACUCCGCUACCGAACUCUACCAGGACAUCACCUCGUCGGCCACCGCCGUCGGCACCCCACAGGAAGACGUCGAUCGCCUCAUGGCCCAGGCAGCAGACAAGGCUGGCGUCGACUUGCAGCAGGACCUACAAGCCGCCACACCGGCCAAGACAAAGGUAGGUCCUACGGAGCAGGAGGAAGAAGCCUUUACAGAGCGGCUGCGAGCGUUGAGAAACUGAGCUGCAGCCUCUGACCAAUUUGACUGGCUUUCUCGGUGUAUUGGAGUUGGGGGGGGGGUGUCAUGUUCUUUUUGGAAACGCUUCUUUAGGAAGACUACAUUUGAUUUCUGCAACGCCAAUGCUGUUCAUGACCAAAAUCAAACACCAAUCUACGGAAAUGGACCCACAUGCUGAGUCCCUGCAUGGCUAUGGCUGCCAACCAACUUU